CAGACUUGAGCUUCUUUGUCCGUGUAUGUUGAGGUUGCCGUGGUCGCUCGCUGGCAACUUUCUCCACACCUCAACCUGACGUCGUUCAACCACGACUAGCUAUAGUAGCUCAAUAAACUCAGUCUAGGCGAGGCAUGAGCAGCAGCUUCCAGUCGCAGGUCGCAAGACAUUCGCGCCGUACUUCGGCCGCUGAAAGUGAGCUGGCUGCUGCGUCUGAACAGGAUCGCGGACACCUCAACACAUACGACGAUGGAGUUGUUGAAUUGGCACGUCAGCCAUUACAAUCCACCGAUGAUGAACAAAUAGACCUGCGCCGCUGCUGGAUCUGCUUUGAGGAGGAAGUCGUGAGUGAUGCUGCGCUCAUGCGUUCAGGUUGGCGGCGGCCAUGUGGUUGUACACUUGUUGCGCAUGAAGAGUGUCUCUUGACGUGGGUGGAUGAAUCUCACUCACAGCUCACACGCCCUGUCCGGUGUCCACAGUGCAAACAAGCCUAUCGCAUCAAAUCAAAGCACUCAUGGGGUGUCUCGUGGAUGGCACGGGGCGAUUCCCUUAUUACAAAAGCAUUAUUGGCGACGAUCCCGCUUGGUUUGUGUCAAGCAUUCGGCGUAACGUGCUGCUACUAUGGACAGCAGGCGAUGGUGGAUGUGCUUGGCCCUGAUGCCUUCUUUGCACUGGUUGAGAGGUUGCAGCCAUCCGAUUUGAUACGCUUCAAUCUUGCUGCUGGCAUCAUCCCGUUCGCCCUCGUCGGCUCACGCUUCCACAUCUUCAACUUUGUACUACCACUCAUUCCCAGCCUGGUGUGUUUCAGCGACAGUUCCUUCAUUGAGGCACGCACACCGAUGGGCACCUCGCCCGCCCUUUGGAUUUGCGUGCUUCCCUGGUUCCGUAAUUGCUAUGCGCUUACAUGGCGCUUAUGCUUUGCAAAUCUCGAGAAUCGCUGGAAGCGAGAAGCAGGCUUGAUUAAAGCUGGUCAGCGUGAAAUCACACCCGGUGUCUUUCUACGCAACCAGCCUGUUCGCCAAGCACCUGCAGCGCAAGAGAUGCCGCCACCGCAAGAUCUAGGUGAGCAACAAGCACAACUUGAGCAAGAACAAGAUGAUGAGGAAGAUGCAGUCGUGGAACGCUGGCUUAUGAUUGAAGCGCCAGUAUUGGCGCGUCGUGUAGCAGGUGCGUUGUUGCUACCGAAAUUCAGUGUCUGGUGCUCACACAUACUUGUGCGAUGGGUGCCGGGCUUCAAGGCUCGGUACCCACAUCGCUUCCAGCGGGUAUUGAUUGGUGGUGCGGCGUUUGUUGUGGCAAAGGAUGUCUUGUCGCUGCUCUACCUGUACACGCGCGCUAAGGGCAGAUUGACACGACAUAUUGAGAAUCAGAGCAAGGGUAGGCAGCAGCGUCAUUGAGAAAAGUCAGCGUAUUUGUGAAAUAAGCAUCUUUAGCCAUCUAACGUGAACUAUGAGACGCGUCUA